AUGAAAGAAGCAGCAACAACACUGGAGAUCUUCCGUCAGAACAAACUUGAAGAGUUCUUGCGGCAAAGAGGCUUCUUUGAAGAGGAGAAAGAAGCAAUAAAGCGCGAAAGAGUGCUUGGCAUUCUUAAUAACCUAGUCAACAAGUUUAUCUGUGAGAUAGCUGAUAAGAAUGGCAUAGCUGUAGAUAAGAAAAACAUCGCAAAAAUCUUCACUUUUGGAAGUUACCGAUUAGGCGUACAUUCAUCUGGUGCCGAUAUAGAUACAUUAUGCAUUGUCCCUAACUUUAUUAGCCGUAAUGAGUUCUUUACGGUGUUCUAUGACGAGUUGGCAAAGAAGGAGUACAUUACUAGUCUUUCCAAAGUAACGAACACCUUAGUACCGCUAAUAAAGUUUAAAAUACACUCAAUCCCCAUUGACUUAGUCUUUGCUAGAUUGGAUUUACUAUCUAUUCCAGCGGACAUUGAUUUGCGGGAUAACCGUUUGUUGAAGCACAUGGACGAGAAGUGUAUUUUAAGUAUUAAUGGUAAUCGAGUGACCGAUGAAAUUCUAGCGGUAGUUCCUAGUGUAAAGACCUUCCAUCGGGCCUUGCGGUUUAUCAAGUACUGGGCUCAGGCUCGUUUAGUCUAUGGUCAUGCCUAUGGGUACCCCGGUGGAGUAGCUUAUGCCUUGUGCGUGGCAAAAGUAUGUCAGAUGUACCCCGAUUUGGGGCCUUUUGCUAUUAUUGGAAAGUUCUUCAGUACGUUUAGUCAGUGGCCUUGGCCGCAGCCCGUGAUUAUCAAGGAAGUAGUUGAUUGUAACUAUAACUUGAAGAUGUGGAAUCCUAAGACCAAUAUUGCCCAGCGCAAUGACAAGAUGCCGAUUAUCACGCCUGUUUAUCCGCCCAUCUGUGCCACUCACAAUAUCACACUUAGCACGCUUAAUGUAACCAAGAAGGAGUUUGCCCGAGCCGCCAAUAUCUAUGAGAAGAUGGUGGCCGACAGUCUAAAUGAUAGUAAUUUAGAUGAGGUUAAUAGUAGUGCAGUUAGUAGUAGUGCAGUUAGUAGUAGUGCAGGUGGUACUGGCCCUAAUAAGCAUAUGAUUAGCAGUGGAGAUAGUGAUAGUAAAGAUACGGUUGGAGAUAAUAGAGAUAAAGAUGGAGAUAGUAGAGAUACGGCUGGAGAUAGUAAAGAUACGGUUGGAGAUAGUAAAGAUACGGUUGGAGAUAGUAAAGAUAAAGAUGGAGAUAGUAGAGAUACGGCUGGAGAUAGUACGGGCAGUGGCAUUGAUAAGAAUGGAAGGCGGAUAGAAGAAGGUUUGGAUAGUUUGUGUGCCCCGACUGAUUUCUUUACUAGACAUAAGAACUACUUUACGGUGGCCAUGGCUGGUGAUCAUGCUAAGGAAUUUAGUCGCUUUUUAGGUUAUGCUGAGACGCGCUUGCGUCAGCUGGCUAAUAAGUUGGAGUUUAUGGAGAACAUUGCCUUUGCUUAUGUUCUGCCUAAAAAGUACCUCUUAGAAGACUCUACUCCCGAGGAUAACUUCUUACUUAGAGAAAUGGGCUGUAAGGACAAAAGCUAUUCUUUCUGUGUUGUUUUUAUUGGCAUUGAAUUCUCCUCAGCUAAACUACCUAUCAAUGCCUCACGUAAACUCAAUCUUAAGAAGCCGGUUGAUGAAUUUAAGUACAUGCUAGAGCAGUACGAGGCAGAGGAAGAAAGUGUUAUUUCUUAUGAAGUUUUCCCUAUGAAACAAAAGUCUUUACCUUCAGUUUUAGAUCUCUUUGUUAAUUACCCAAAAAGGAAAUCAACAACUAAUGACGAAACAAGUGGCAAAAGGUGA